AAGCAGACUUGCAUUUUCCAAGAAAAGCCUCAAAUUCUUGAAGUUUCAUAUUUUAGCGCUUUUUUAAAAACAAACCUAGCCACCAUAUUUGUUUAUGUUUUUGUUGCAUAAUUAAUGUGUCCCCUGGUGCUUAACUAAUGUGUUUGUCCUAAAAUUCAAAAUGCUACAUAAAGCUGUUAGCUGACUAACAAACGGAAAACUUUGGUUUGUUGAACUUACUGAUCACUGUAAUGUUAUUAUUUUUACAUUACUAUUGUUUCUCUUUAUAUGUGUUUUACUAAGCAUAAAUAGCUAGCUUUAGUUUUAGCUAAGUGUUCCCAGUUUAAGUAUAUUUAACUGGGGGUCUUAGCUACUGUUAGCUAGCUAAUGUUGUCCUCCAUGGGCUAGCUCUAACCUAUGACUUAUAUUGUUAUUCCUCUUUUUUAAUUAUCUAUAGCUAGCUACCUUAGUUUCCAAACUUCUUUUCUUUUAUGAGCACGAAUUAUGAUGUAACAAGCUAGCUAGCUACCUACCUACAAAAUCUUUAAAGACUUGAACUUUUGCAGAUGUAUUUUAUAUUUCUUUUCGCAUUUCCUGUAAACUUUACAAAGGGACCACGUGCAAUAUGACAAGUGAAAUAUUUUUUUUCCAGAAUUUAAAGCGUGUGUGUUAAGUUAUUUUUUAUUGUUUUGUUUCUGACAUCCUGUUUAACUUUCGUCAGCCUACAUGUAAAAUGCCAGGUUAUUUUUACAGGGGGGUGUAGCUAGACAUUUGAUUGGAAAUUUACAUGGGUUUUUGACUUUAUUUUAAUUUAUGAGAGUCGUUCGGUUCGGGAAGGUUGUUCGUGUUUUUGUUUGUGUUGCAAACUGCUGUUUUUUAAAAUUUUCUGUAAACUUUUGUGGGAAAAAGACCACAUGCAAUAUACUGAAAGCACAAAUUUUGUAGAAUUGGCCUCCACUAAAGGCUGUUGUGUAAGCUAAUGGCUUUUUCAUAGUUCGUAUUAUAAACUUUUGUUGGGGAGAACUAAACUGUAUGUGAUGUCAUUUUUGCUGGAAGAAAAUUCCAUGGUUUCACGUUUUUGUUAAGAAUUUUAUAAUUGUGGUAAUAUAUAACUGUGUUUGGUGAUGAUGAAAAAACUUUUUUGUUUUUUAUAUUUUAUGAAAUGCCUGAUUUUUCUAUAAUUUGAUGUGUUUCAUAACCUUUUUGUGGAAGAUUUAUGGGCAAUAGCAAUAUAGAACAUGCUAAAUGAACUGAUUUUUGUUGAUUUGGAUGUGCUCCUAAAAAACCGAUCUGUUUUACAUUUUGUGUUAACUUGUGUGAGGACGGACCGUAUAUACACUCUGUUUUCCAAAAGUAAUAUCUUUGUUGAUUCAAAUUUACUCCUUAUUUAUUUUUGACAUUCACGUUUAAAAUGGUUGGUAAAGGUUAACUACUGAUCAUCAUACAAAGGAAAAUUUUUUUGUGUUCUUAACCUGUUAAUUUUUACAAUUUGUGUAUAUUUUUGGGAAACAGGAUAGUAUGUAAUUGAAUAAAUGUUUUCCAGAUAUAAAUUUGAUGUUUUUUGACACUUCUGAUUGAAAUAUUAAAGGUUUUCAACGAAGUAAAUAUUUGAGAUGUCUUAUUUCUGACUUUAUUACUGUAUUAUUGUAAGUGUUGUACUUGAUUCUAACAUUAUUUUGAUUAGUGUUUCAAGCUCUACACAUAAUCUUUGUUGAUUCAAGUUUAUUCUUUGCUCAUUGAUUUUUUGACAUUUAUGUUUAAAAUUGUUGGUUAAGGGCAGUGCGGAACUAAAAGAGAAAAUUUUUGUGUUCUUAACUGGUUGAUUUUUACAUUUUGUGUAAAUUUUUGUGGGAGAGGAUGGUAAUGCAACUAAAAUGACUGACUUUUCUAGAUUUAAAUUUUAUGUUUUCCAAACUACGGCUUUUUCAUAUUUUUGUAUAAGCGUAAGGGAAAAACAAUAUUUAAAAUGUGUAAAAAACUUAUUUUUGCUAACUCUUGGAGGCCUCCUUUUUGACACUUCAGAAUAAAAUACUGAGGGUUUUCAACAUAAUCACUUAUAAGAUGUAAAUAUUUGAGAUGCGUUAUUUUUAAAAUUGUUAUUAUCUGUGUUGUGACUGUUGGUGUUGUAACUGUCGGUCUUCUUACUGUCGGUUUUGUGAGUUUAGUGUUGUGAGUGUCGAUGUUGUGAGUGUCGUUGUUGUAACUUUUUAUCAACUAGAUUUUACACCUUGCAAGCUGUUCUUUUUUAUUUUGUGUAAGAUUUGUGUGGAGGAUUUAAUGUGAUUUGAUAUUUGACAUUUUGUGUAAGAUUUUAAGAACAUUUUUUUGUAUAUACACUGCUGACGUCAGAAAAACAUCUAAAAGAACCUAUUUUCCCAUUGUCCUUCUGCCUAAGUGGAUUUCUCCACGGGCCUUAUCGACUAGUAAUUAAUAAAAAAAUUAUUCCUAGAACAAGAUUUAAAUUUAUUCUGUAUUAAACUAUUCUGCAUAAGAAAAGCGCUGUUUUAGUUCUAAACAUUACGCAAUGGAAACCCAAUUUACGCAAAGGAAACCCCAAGAAGGAAAUUAACCUUUCUGUGACUACUAUAAGUUGAAAUGUAAUGCGACUGUGGCUUGUAAAUUUCCAACUAAUUUUCUUUUCGGCCAUGAUCCUAAUUGAUUUCCGCCAGCAAAGGCGGAAUCUUUAAAGUAACAAAGUCACACAGAGUCACAGACGUAGAUUUUCAACUUCUUUUUAGCUUUAGCUAAUCGAAAUGCAAAAAAAAUAUAAGAAGCAUUCUGUAAAAAUAAACUACUAUUUAAUAAUAAAUAUUUAGUAAUUUUCUUACAUUAAGGUGUUCGGUAAUUAACUGGAGAUCGCCUUAAACACACAUUAAACACACAUUUUAAAUUUUUACAUUAAAAACAAAAGCUUAUUUCAAUACAACAAAAAAGGGUAGUAUUUCAGAUUUGGUGCAAUAUUGAUGUAACUUGGGAUAAAGUACGUCAAUCAUAAAAGAAUCUAUGACGUCAUAAGAUAUCUCUGUAUUGAUUACUUAAUAAUAGACUGAACACACUUCAUCGUCUCUACAACGAAAUUUAUCCCUCUAACUUCACUGUCAAGCAAAGCUAAAUGGAGAAGAGCAUUUUCCAUGAAAACAGAACGCAGAUUUUUCUAGAAGUCUUAUUUAAUUGGUACUUACGUAUUUUCUUACCCCAUUUCGCCCACACCUAAACCUACCAAGCAAAUUCGUAGUCAUAGAUCAGUAGCGAUAUCCAUGGUUUUAUAUUUGUAACCUGUUGUUGGGGGUUAGGUUGGAAAUUUCCUAACGUUUUACCGUAAUUUCACCUCCAGAAAUUUUCUAAGUGAGUAUAAAAGUUCAAAUUACGAAAAAAUAUUCUACCAAUUAUCGUAUUCUAUCUAUUUUUGAGUAGUCUGGUACUAGGGGUUCUUAUUAAAAAAUAUUGCAUCUCUUGAAUUAUGCCCUAUGGGAAUUUAUAUUCGACGACUAAAUGCAUUAAUUAUAAAUGGUAUAGAAACAACUCUUACUUAUUAUUACUGCGAGGGAUGUGGCAAUUAAAAUGCAAUGAACUUCUAGGAAUUCAUUGCAUUAUGAUGUCAUACAUCUGACGCAGUGUCAUUCACUAUUGACAUUAAUAAAUUAUGAUGUGUAGUUAAAAAAAAUUUUAUUUUAUGUAUAUGAAAUUGAUUACCCAAGUUGAAAAAAUAUAUACAGACGGCACACAUCAAAACAACAAUUCUCGAACUUUUGUCGGAAAAUAUUACGUACACGACUGACAAGACCAAUAUAGUCAAAAAUUAAGUAUACCUUACACCAGCAGUUUUAAAGAAGUAAACACAAAGCAUGACUACAGACAAACUAAUGCUUGGUUUAAUUAUGCUUCAAAUCGGAACACAUAUUGUUGCCAUAAUCAAUUCUGUAUAUUCGCCAACAAGAUGCAUCAGUUACAAGAAAGUCUUACCAAAUGGGAUAUGCAUAGAUGAACUAAAAAAAUAUAGAGUGGCUCAAACUUCAAUCAAAGCUAGAUCAGUCAAUAACAGGGGAAAGUGGGUCAAGGCUUUUCUGUCAUUUGUAGAAAAUAAACCAUUUACGAAAGUUCAACUCUAUGGAAAACGAUUGUUCCAAGAGUAUUUUACCAGAAACAGAUUCCUUAACUGCACCGAUAAUCCAAAAUUAAAAAGAUUUUUGCAACACGUAAAGACUAACCUUUUCAAAAAGAUUUCAAUUCGCUGUGUCAGUAGUAUUAGGCGGUUGCUUUGUCAUCUGCUCCAUCCGGUAUGUUUUAAAUCGGAGGAUGGUAAUAUUAUCUUAUCGCCGCCUUGCAGAAGAUUGUGUACAGAAAGUGAUUGCGAGAACUUUGGUAAAACAUGGCUUUACAACAUCACAUUACAACUACACAAACUAUGUCCAAAUCGUAUAAGAGAUCCCUCAAAAGAACAACAUUUGUAUUCUUGUACCCAAUUUCCAAUGGCUGACAUAAAAAAUAUUGAAAAAUGUCAAAAUAAAGUUGAAACAAAGAACAAACAUUUUUCCGAACUUUGUUAUGAUGGCAAAAAUACUUCUUACAACGGUACUGUUAACAUUACGUCAACUGGAAAAGCCUGUCUACCAUGGAACAUCAAUCCAUUUUUAUCUUCGCCAGUAUACAGUAAUUUAAAAAAUAAUUACUGUAGAAAUCCACAAGGCUAUGCAACAUCACCUUGGUGUUAUGUUAAUGCUACCAAUCGAGAUUGGGAAUUUUGUGAUGUACCAAAGUGUGGAGGAAAUAACAAAGCAAAUAACAAAAACGUCAACUCAAUAUCGAUUGCAAUUAAAGUAGUUAUCAUUGUUUCUGUUUUGGUGUUUACUUUUGUUUUGGUACGGUCAAGUUGGAAAAUAUAUCGCUUCUGGAGAAAGAUAAAAGAUGAUGAUGCAUAUAUCGAGCCAUACUAUGCUUGUGAUGCAUCUGACAAAGAAAAGAUUUCACAACUAUUGAGGUUACAGACAAGAUGUGAAAACUAAUACAAAACAAGUGUUAUACAGAAAAUAAAAAUGAUGCAUAUAUCGAGCCAUACUAUGCUUGUGAUGCAUCUGACAAAGAAAAGAUUUCACAACUAUUGAGGUUACAGACAAGAUGUGAAAACUAAUACAAAACAAGUGUUAUACAGAAAAUAAAAGUAACUUUAUUGUAUCUUUGGCCUGUCGAUACAUUGUACUAUUGCUUUACUAAAUAAAAGAUGUGUUAAUGUACAGACAGACAGACAGACAGACAGACAGACAGACAGACAGACAGACAGACAGACAGACAGACAGACAGACAGACAGACAGACAGACAGGCAGGCAGGCAGGCAGGCAGGCAGGCAGGCAGGCAGGCAGGCAGGCAGGCAGGCAGGCAAAAGCUUUUUGAAGUUACUUUAUAGUAUCAUUGUCAGUUUAAACAUUUGUUUAAAUUUCACUGACUUUCUCUUGGUGCUGCGUUUUACAUGAAAAAGAAAAUAGAGGCAUAAGAAAGUAGACUUGUAAAAUCAAAACAACAACAGUCCUUUCUCAACUUUUAGAAAGUUUAGUAGGCAUAAAAAGUUUUAUAUGGUUAGCUUGUAGCAAGUGAUUAGAACCAACGUCUAUGUAUGUUAGCUUGAUAUUUUAUAUUACAUUAAGCUAUAGCUAGGUAGCUAAACAUUUUAAAAGUAAAUUUUCUAAAUUUAGAUGGUAGUGUUAGCUUGUUGGAGAAAUUUUGGCACCAAAUACGCAAAAAUAAAUUCGUUAAAAUAAAAGCAUAAACUUUCAUUUUUUUGUUCCUCAAUGAAAUUUUCUUUAAAAGCGUACGGUCACAAAAUAUUUUUUUGAAUCGGAUUUGCAGGAAUAAAUCUCACAGAUAUGUAUAUUUCUGGGUACACUAUUUGCAAAAAAUAAUCAAGUGUUAAAAUCGUUGUAUUUUUUAGGAAAAAUUUAUUUUUGAAUAUAGCGUCUCUGAGAAAUCUUUGACUUUGAUUAAUACCUUAACCGUAUUCAUGUCAAAACUUGCCCGUUUAAAAUUAAAAUUUGGUGACUUUCCUUUUAAGGGAGAGAACUGCAGCAAAAUCUGACAAAAAACCAAUCACGGCAGAAUUUUUUUUAUCAACUUAGUAGCUUUUUGUGUGAGAAUGACCGAUAUUUCAUAAAACUCUGACUUUUUGCGUUCUAAAUGUUGGCAAACAGGAAACUGUGUUACAAAACCCAAACUCCACACUUUCAAUUUAAAUUCUAUUUGAUUUAUUUAAGGAGGUUUUUUGUUAAUGUAUCCAAACUAGCAAGUAUUAUAAACAAAAAAAAAAGAAUAUUCUUUGAGCAAUGUUGUGCUGGUUCAGUUUCUGCAUAUUUCGCAACACCAACCAUGUUGAAUCCUUUCUGUUUGGUCAAUUUUAAUUUGCAAAUAGACAACACAAUUUCAAAGUUUGAUUGGCUUAGGUCCAGUGGUUGGCAAAAUAUUGAGAGCAGAGUGACUUUCCCCCUCCCCCGUGACUGAUGUUCAGUUUUUAAUAAAUAAAUUGUUUCCCACGCUAAAACAGCAAUUUCCGUAUUGUUUAUAAUGGCAAAGGAAUUUUGUUACUUCAAUUUUUUUUUACAUAUUUUUUCGUAAUUUCUAUACAUUGCUCGCACAAACAUAAAUAUAGAAGCUUGAAACGCGUUAUUUAUUGCGCCUGUAAAAUUUUUAUUGAUAGGUCUGAAAUAUAUUUUUUCGUCUGCAGCAUUGGGAGCAAGGAUCUUUUUACCCUAGAAUAUGAGUUUUUUUCACACAAGCGUAGCUACGAUUUCGGAAACGUAUCACGUUGAGUCCCAUUAACUUUUGAUGGACUGGACAAAAGGUUCGAGAUAGCUCGAUUUUUGAGAUAACUCGGUUCGAAGUAGCGGAACAACUUUUAGUUUGCAAGGUUGUAAAUGCUGGCAGGACAAAGCAUUUUGUUCAAAUGGUGCAUUUCCGAGAUACCAAGAGUCAAUUAUAUAUUGUAAACAAGAUAGCUAUGAAGCUGUGGAACCAAUGUUAAAACGGAGCUGGGUUUUUUGUUAAUGAGGAUACACAAAGCCUAUUUCUAAUCAUCAACGUAUUGCAAACAAGUAAAAACUCAAGCCUCGCUUGCCUAGCAUUUGCAACAGGUAAUGCUAGACUAAUUACUAAAAAUCGCUUUUAUUACUUUUCAGAAACGCAAGACUGAAAUAUAAUGAAUUAGAAAAGUUACAUCAUUUUUUUAAGUAAAUAAUGUUUCUAAUAAAAGUUAAAAGUUGUACCAGUAAAAGCAUGUUUUAAUAUAAGAAAAUCCCUGCACAAGAGCUAGUUUAUGUCAAUAUAAUAUAUACAGCAUCAAGAACACAGUUAAAGCAUUGAAGAUAAGAAAUUCAUUAAGGCAUCAAAAGGUUGACUUUGCAAUUUAGGUAGCAUAACUAAUGCUUGGUGCUUGUUUUACAGAGGAAAAAUUAAACAGGGUGGCUAAAUUGUAGAACCCUCCUGUUUAGUCACUGAGCAGUGAGCUUAAUAAUAAUGUGCAUAUUUUAUUUAAACUGGUAGCCGAAUUGUUAUUUUGUGCCAAGGACGCCUGAAAAAGGAUGACAGGGAGAUAUACCAUGGGCGAAAAUCUAAAGAUAUCUGCGAUAGUAAACCGUUGUUUUAUGGGUCGAAGGCUAGUCCAGUAGAACACCUUUUGAGUUAUGGUCUGCAGAAAAUUUCUACAAAUCUGAGCAAUUUCAGACUAGUUCCAUUGUUAUGUGGUGUUGUAUAUAUUCCAAGAUCUUUUGCGCAAAUCGACGGGCGAAAUAAGCAUAAGAUAAGCCGUAGACCAACACCAGCCUAUUACAAACUUUAAUUUUCAGUAUGAGUUUAUAUAUAUUGUGUUUGUCGUCGACUAUUUUUCACUAGAGACCCCGAAGCUGACAACAAGAUGUUCAUGGCUGUUUGCAGUAAAUGCGAGGAAUGGUAUCACAGAAAGUGUGUGCCCAUUCCUUUAAAAGUAUUUAAAAACGAUGACGAGGCUGUUAAAUGGAAGUGUGGAAAGUGUUAAUGUUUAUUCAAAACAGUGUAUUUCUCUUUCUUAUGAUUAUGAUUUUACUAAGCGUUUUUUA